GGCACUGUUUUGUUUCUAUACGUGCAAUAUGAAGGAAUAGUGAACAGUUUUUUUGUACACUACUACCGUGGGUAUUGUUUCACUUAGGAGUCCCCAGGUGUUGACAAAAGAGACAAAUGCCUUCCAUGCACAUAUGCGUAGCUUCUAGCAGAGAGCCUGGACCAUGCAGGGAGUGCAGCUGUAUGGCAGGUCCAGAAUGCUCAGAUGGCUCUUGGGAAGCAGGGAACCACAAGGUGCUGCAGAGAAAUCAGCAGUUUACAACAUAAAUGAAGAACAGCCACAGAAUCCCUACACUGAACUACAGGCACUUGAAGGACACCAUGACAUUGUUAGAUAUCUUAUAAAAGUAGAUGACUACAGGUUUGCUUCUGCUGGUGAUGAUGGAAUUGUGUUUCUCUGGAAUGUACAGACUGGUGAAAGACUUGCUGAGCUACAUGGCCACACGCAGCAAAUCACAGCAAUUGCAGUACUUUCUAGAUCCAACCUUUCACAGCAGAAGAGUCAUCGAAUCCUGACAGCUUCUUCAGACAGGACUGUCUAUAUAUGGGAUGUUGACACAGGAAAACAGCUUCACACUUUAUCAGACUUUUACUCAACAGUGAAGUGUUUAAUUGUUCUAGAACACCUUUCUUUAUGGCUGUCUGGAGGAAACGAUCUCAGAGUGUGGAAUUUUGAGUGGGAGUUGCAGUGUAAGACUGACACAUUUGAUGAUUCAGGUAUUAGUGCCAUAAUUGAAAUACCCAAAAACUGCAUUGUGGCUGCUGUGGAUCGAGAACUGAUAAUAUUUAAGUUGACAUUACCUACUGAAGAGUAUCCAAAUUAUAACAUCAUCGAAUUAAAACGAUUAUAUGACCAUCAGGAUAAUAUCCGUGCAUUGUCUAAUGUUAAUGACAACACCUUUGUAAGUGGCUCUCAUGCUGGUGAAAUGAUGGUUUGGGAUUCUCUGACCGGCACCCUUAAGGCCGAUGAGUGCGGUUUCUGGGUUGUUUCUCCACCAGCAGAUUCACAUUCAGGGAUAAAAAUGUUGCGCCAACAAAAUGAAGUGUCAGUACAGAACAUUAUCUCUGAUGGAAAGUAUAUUUUUAUUGCGGUUGGAAGAGGAAUAUAUGUAUAUAGUCUUGAGACAAAAAGUGUCAUCGCCUGUCAAAGGACAGCUCAUGAUUUAAACGUGUUGUUCAUCUCAGAAGUGUCCAGCAGGCAGUUGAUGUCAUGCUCUGAAGAUGGCAAUGUUCGUAUCUGGGAGUUAAGGGAAUACCAGCCAUCCCCUGAAGCGUCAUCAGGAUUCUUCAGUAUGUGGGGAUUUGGAAGACCAAAUAAACAAGCUAGUCAUGUGGUUAAAAAGAAGCCAGAAAGUACAGUCUGUCACAAAUUGGAUUUGAUUGGAGAUCUGAUUGGUCAUUCAGGAGCAGUACAGAUGUUCCUGUAUUUUGAAGAGCAUAUGCUUGUGACCUGUUCAGCUGACCAUCUUGUUAUUAUAUGGAAAAAUGGAGAACUUGAGUCCAGAUUAAGAUCCUCUGCCUUGUUUCACAAAUUGGAACAAGAAAAUGGUUUGCAGCUUUGCCUAUAGCUGGGACAACCCAACUGCCCAUUUCUGCAUAAUUUGUAAAGUAAUUUAUUUAAAUACUGGACAUUUGAAAUAUUGUCUGAUUUGUAUGAGGCCAAUUUUGUGUUCUUUGUUGUACAUAAAUAAUGUACACUGUACAUGACUGAAAUCCAUUAUGAAAAAAUGUACGUUACUAUCUUAUUUGAUAAUGAAAUUUUAUAUGGUUCACAUUUAAAUAGAUAACAUAAUUGCAAAACUGGACGUUUAGUGUAUUUAGAGUACAUCCUGAUGUAUUUUUGCACUGAUUUAAUCACAUUUAAUUGUGGUUACAUUUUCCUUCAGCGGAACUCAGAAGAGUUUUGAAAGCUGACUGAAGUGGUCAGCCAUGGAACAGCCAAUGUCUGGCACUAAACGUAAUUCACCCACAGAGGCAGUAUAUGUUAUGCAUGGUGUCACUGCCUUCAUGAAGCAGGAAACUUCAUCUGUAAAACAGUAUUGUUGGUGUUGUGCUUAAUAUGUUAGUUUUGUAACAUUUCAAAUAAACAAGAUCUGUUUUCUGCA